AUGGCGGACGGUGAAGAUAUUCAGUCGCUCAUUUGCGGUAAUGGAACAGGAAUGGUCAAGGAUGCUUACGUCCGAGACGAGGCACAGUCGAAAAGUGGUAUCGUGACUCCCAAGUAUCCAAUCGAACAUGGUACUAACAACAAUUGGGAUGACAUGGAGAAGAUUUGGUAUCACACUUUCUACAACGACCCUCGUGGUGCCCCCGAAGAACACCCAGGUUUGCUGACCGAAGCGCCGCUCAGUCCGAAGGCAAAUCGUGAAAAGAUGCGUCAGAUUCUCUUUGAAACGUUUAACACUCCUCCGAAAUAUGAAAAACAAAGUUUCAUGCGAAAGAAACUUCAAACUAAAUUACUUUUGAGAAAAAGCGGAAGUCAAUAA